UGUAGGGCAAAUAAUCCGAUUUUGAAAGUAGCCUAGAACAUUUUUGUUUGGAAUCUCCUCAAAUAAAAUGUAGCGUAAUUGCUAGAAAUAGUAAUGUUUUUGCAAUUAGAGUAGUCAUUGAUGGAGUGUUUAAGUAUGUGUUUGAACGAUGCCGUCUCAAUAAUUCUUUUCAUUGAUAAUUUGGAUAACACCUCGCUAUCUUAUUUGGAAUGAAAAAGCGCCAUGAAGUCACCUUUAAAAUUAUGUGGAAUGAGUCUUGACGUACAUUCAUACUAUGUGAUAUAGACAAUCGUAUGAUGGACAAAGAUCCUACAAUCAUAACAAGAGACGAGUGGCAGGCACCUCCCAUACUCCAGAAUAUGCUGAUCGCUAGACUCCCAGUGAUCUACGUAUUCUGCAUGUCCACUCACACUAGAGCGUGCAGCAAUCCUGAGGAGUGUCACGACUUGGUUCAUCGUCUGGAGAAGAUACACACAGAAAUACAUCACCAUAUAGCCAUCAGAUAUAAUUUCGUGAUCACGGGAGAAGGCUCAAUCUACGAGGGGAGAGGCUGGGGGGUGCAAGCGAUGCUGCCCCUCAGAUAUACGAGGUACAACGACCGUAGUCUGGUGGUGGGCUUCAUGGGAGAUUACCUAGAAAAUACGUUACCGAGACUUAUGAAACGACGGAGAGAGGAACUCGUACAAUAUGGGAUUAAAAACAAGUAUAUUUCGGAAAAUUUUGAGGCAAUACAAAUAUUUAAGCAAAAUGGAAAUAAACAAGAAAUUGUUGACUUCGAGGUUUAAAUCUAAGUAAUGGAUUGAUAAAAGAUUAAAAUUUAAUAAAAUUAUAUU